AUGGCCGCCGCACGCCCCUUCUACUCUGCUAUUUUCAAGAACAACUUCACCAUGCUCGGCUUCGUCUUCGCGACGGGCUUUGCUUUCGAGCUGGGCUUCAACGGUGCGAUGAACAAGUACUGGGACCACCUGAACCGCGGCCGCCAAUGGAAGGACAUCCGCCACAAGUACGCCGAGGCGGCCGACGACGACGAGGAAUAG